ACAAUUUAACGGAAGUGAGAUGACAGCUGGAAAACAACAAAUUGCCUGUUGCGUGUGUAGCUAAAGAAGUUUCACUUCUGAUUCGUGUUUCUUAACAUUAAACAGUAAAUAUUAUUGUUUUAUUUGAUCUGAGCACGUUGCCUUGCCUUAGUUAGAUGUUCUUAAAAUGAAUGAACCUUAUUGCAUAAAAAAAUAUUUUGCGCUGAAAGAUAUGUGCAAAAUUACAUGCUUUUUAGUUAUAAUUUUGCCACUGCUGACAACACUAACAUUCGCACCAGUGAGCUGUGCUUUAACACUGAGAAACGCAGAUGAUCAACCUACUACUUUCGCAGGACAGAAAACUCUCGGUGAUUCCAUUCGUUAUAAAAGAGAUGAAGCUGAAGUAAUAAAAAACCCUAGAAGUAGUGCCGUUGAUUCUGUUAACGAAGGCACAAAGAAGGAUGACAAGGCCAACAAAGCUACAGAAAAUGACGAAAAUAAUAAAAAACCUGAAAUUUCAGUGAAUUGUAGUCUUCCAAUUAAUACAAACAACUCCAAUUGUGCAGAAAAUAAAGAAAUGGACAAGGACUUUCCAAAAUCCAUAUUGUCACAGAUGAAAGAGAAUAAAGAAAUGCUUUUGCGGACUCUUUAUGUAACAUUGGGUGUCACUGGUAUUGUGGUAGUUUAUUUUAUUAUUCGAGCAGUCCGGUAAGAUUCAAGUGAUUUUCUCUGUUUUAACUUAUAAGUGUAAUAUGUCAUGCCUUUUAAUUCAAACUCAAAGUUUGUGGUCUAAUAUUACCAAAAUUAUAAUUAAUAAGAUUAAGAUCAAUCUGAAGACUGUGUGUAUUCUUAUGAUGUGAAAAUAUAUGUUAAUUAUAAAUAUAAAUUUCUAUAAUUUUUCAAUAAUAUUGAUGUUCAUAAAGUUGUUAAUUAAAUUGGGAAAUCUUGUGGGCAAAGUAUAAAUGUAGUUGACUUUUGUCAAAUUUUAUUUAAUAGCCUAGGUCCUUGCCUUAUACUUAUACUUAUAAUUAUUAUAAUAUAUGUUUAACAAAUUUAAAAAAAAAAAUAUUACCUAUAUGUUAUUUCCUCUUCAAAUUGAAUUACUUUUUUACUUAGACAUGUAUUACUAACUAGGUUAAGACAUUUAGUAAACAAACAUAUAGAUUUGUUAAAAACUUUUCUUACUUCAUUAAUUUUUAGCACCUUGUAUAAUUUUAAGUGUUUACCAUAUUAUUUCAUUUCAGAUUAAGAAGAAAGAGAACAAAGUCAAGAAAAUAUGGUAUAAUAACUCAACAGGGUGAUCGUGGUGAUAUGGAAAUGGAACCAUUAGGUGAUGGUGACGAUGAUGAAGAAGAUUACACAGUGUUUGAAGUGAAUGGAAGGAAAAAAUAGUGUUUUUUUUUAAUUCUUCUAAAUAGGUAAUUAAUCAUGAUUGUUCGGUGUUAAAAAAUUCAUUUGCACAAAUUUUAUGAAUAACCAACACUCCAAUUAAAUUGCAUUACCUUCGCUGCAUAAAAGUCAUAAUGUAAGCUACAAAGAAAUGUAUCAUUAAUGUAUGUAAGCUUGCGUCUGAGAAUGAAAAUUUCUACUUUAAAGGUUACCUUUAAAGUUUAUAAGUUUAUGCCAAUUUUUUAUGCAACAUGUUUAAUCACUUGUCUUUGUUUUUGUCAUUUAUUUAUUACACAUGCUUAUAGUAAUACUAAUUAAUACAAUCUGAAGUUUAAGUUAUUAUAUACGUUCAUGAAGGGUAACAAACUACUAAAUUUCCCUGCCUCAUAAUCAGACGCUGAUAGUGAGCAAGUUAAUAAUAUACUAUUAAUAAUUAAAUAAUACAACAUGUAGAGCUACACGGAAUUACAUAUACCUGUAUUUGUGUUCCCCUCAUUCAGAUGCAUUGUUAUCUGGUUAAAGAAAUGGAAUGCAAGAAAAUUUAUAUAUAAAAAUAGAGAGACAAUAAUGAAGUUAAUAGAUAUUCAUUUUCAAAAAGUCAAAGUGUAAUUUUACUAUAUGGAUAAAACUCCAUACUUCUCAAGAGACGUGUCUUCAUUUCUACCAUGCUCUGAUAAUGUUCUAACAAUUGUUUUUCCACAACUUAUUUUUAUUAUAUUAUAUUUUAUAUAUAUAUAUAUAUAUAUAUAUAUAUAAAGCAAAGAAUACAUAGAAAAGGAUGUCCAGUAGGGUCUGAAAGUAGGCUUAAACUCACAAUAUAUAAUUUUGUACUACCUCUUCCUUAUUGGAGAUGGUUCAAAGAAGCUGUCUAUCACUCCUCACCCUGUGUUGAGUGGAACAUGUAGUGGUAGCAUAAGUAGCUUAAGCUUGCUGCCACCAAUAUUGUGUCAGUGGAGUUGUCGCAUGCAGUGGCUGAUAAUUCCUCAGUUGGUUCAUGCCCCUUCACGAAAAGUUGGGGGUUAGACCAUUCUCAAGGGGAGUCUUGCUGAACUGCCAUUUUUAAAGUGUUCUGAGAUAAGUUCACAGUGAUGCUCAGUAAUUUUACACAGGUAUUUAAAAAAAUUCCUUGCUAAUAAAUCUUAUGUUAUAAUUCUAAUAUUUAAUAAUACAUUUGUUUUUAACUACUGUUUUUUUUUUAUGUAUAUAUUUUAUCCUAGAUUUCUGUCUUCUUGACUUGAAAUUGAGCUGUGCCUAGUUGAAACAUGGAUCAACACAUAACAGUAAUACAGAAAAUUGUUUCAUGGUGCUUUGGUGCCAAAGUCACACGAUAUUUUUUUAAAAGGUGUCUUUAAGCAUUUUAUAUAUGUUAAAGUUUACGAUGAAGAGUGAUUCAAAAAAAGCAAAUCUUUCAUUUAUUUAAGAUGAAUUGACAGCAGCCAAUGGGUUUAGAUGUAUGUUCAUAUAUUAUUUGUGCAUUACAUUGUUAGUUAAUCAUGGCUCUAUAACAAAAUAUUCAGCUUCUUAUGUUUAUCUCUUGGAGUUAGUUAUUUGUGUUGUAAAUUUAAUAAAUACGCUCUUUGCAUUCAUGAUGUACCCUUACGAUCUGAUUUUAGUUAAAUUGAUCAUUGAUGAAAAUAUGCAUUAAUAAUAUAAAUAUAUAUUUGCAGUUUAACAUUUAAUUUCAGUGUGUUUCAUUUUAAUCAAACGUAAAUGUAUACAUUUUCAACUAAUUAUUUUAAAAAUUCAAAUAUUUAUCUUUUGAUUUAGUUUUGAAUGAUGGUAAAUAUUAAUAUACCAGUACUUUGCUGUUUUUCUUUAAUUUUGUCUCUUGUUUUUGUAAAAUGGCUCUAUAGUAAAAUCAGGGGAGACUUUUAAAGAAAAAUUGUUUCCAAAUUUUUUGUUUUUUUUUAUUUUAAGAAUUUUUUAAAUAAUAUCAAUUCGGUAAGAAUUGUGGAUUUCACCAUGUUAUGGGCAUAACUUUGAGGAUGAUAAAAGAUCUCACAGAAAAAGUUGUUAUGAACAUGCUUUACAACCACAGCCACUGGACUAUACAAAACUUAAGUAAAUAAAGCUGUUCCUGAUUAAAUAAAUAAAAUUAAUAAAUUCUAAGGUUCUAUUUUGUAAAAUAAUAACAUUUGAUUAUUUUGUGAUUUAAAUGUUACGAUACAUUCAAGACAAAUCCAUUUUUAAAAUGCAAGUAAAUUAUGCUUACGAGUAGUUGAAUUAGACUUCUUGUUUUUUAUCUCUUUAGUUUUCAUUAUACAAAUAUGUUAACUAUACAAAUUAUGGCAGCUUACUAACCCCAUGAAAAAAGGUGGCUAUUUGCCCAGCUGUGAUUUUUCUUUGUAGAGAAUAAACAUUUCAAAUCAGUGACUGUCUGUAAUAAUCCAUUUUGAGAUAAUAUUUCAAUGAGAUAUGCCAUAGGCUUGUUAUCACUCCCAUGCAACUCCCUGCCUCGCUGAAACUGUGAAACUAGUCAAAGACAAGAUCGCUGCUUUUUAAGUUUUGUAAUUUCCCAGGGAGUAGGCAGACUUAAUGAAAUCCUAUUAUUCCUGCUGCAAACAAUAACUGACUGCAACCAUACUUACACUAUGGCCAUCACAGUUUUCAUUAUAGCCGCCUGCAAAUCUUUGUUUCCACUCCUAUUUUAAACUUUGAAUAUGGCAAGUAUAUAUAUAAGAUUAAGUUACAAAUGAAUAAGGAAUAUAAGACAUUUCUUAAUUUGAAAAUUAAAAUAUCACUUUGGUGUUGCUUCACUGCAGUGGUAUAGCAUUGGUAACCAGUGCCCAGGACAUGGCAAAUUUUAUGCCCCCUAAUCAGGGGACUGUUCAUACACACCUAUUCCACCAUUCCAGUAUUGAACCUUUGAGCCCUCCCCAACAGCCCAAAAACAUGUGAAUUGUAUUUCAAUAUUUAAAGUUUUUUUUAAAAUUAUUUUAUUAACUUAUUUUAUUUAUUUUUCAUUCUCUUAUUUUCUUUAAAAAAUUGUAUGUACCUUAAAUUAUCUAUUCAAAUUAAUUGAGACAGAUUUGAUGAAAGUUGUGAAUUAUUAGUGUUAAUUUUUGAAAGUUCUUGAGUUGUGGUAUCAAUAUUUAACUGCAUGCUUUUGAAAACAUUAUUAAAUAGAAAUAUAAAUACUUUAAAAAAUUCAAAAUUUGCUUGAAUUUACUAUUCUCAAAUUCUUUGUAUAAAGCUUAUUUAUUUUUGGUUACCGUACUUUAUACAACUGUGAGUUAUGGGUAACUGAUAUAAAUUUAACUUUGUAAAUCAAAUAACAAUGCAUUUUUAAUGCUAGUGCCUUGAUAACACACAGGGCACAGUCAUUGAAAAGUUUAAAUUUCCUUUCAUGUAUUUUAAUUUUAAAAAUUUCUUUAAAGAAAUGAAUUCUAAAAUGUUCAAUUUAUUCUCUGCGCUUAGCUGAAUUUGUUUUAACUUUUAUCAGUGCAGUUCAAAAAGAUUAAAACUUAGUCCAAAUGAAAUUGUUCAGUUAAAAUUCCAUAUGGUAGGUUCAUGUAAAAGCCAAGUAAGCAUAUUUGAUUUUCCCCAAGAUUCUGUUCCUAUAGUCUAUAUGGGGGUAUCUAGAAAUGUGCACUUACACUAAAAGCUGUCUUAAUAGCAUCUAGAGUGUCAAAUACUAGAGUUUUGUCAUAUACCACAUGCUGAAUCGGAUCAAUGUUUAUUUCCAGGUACAUGUACAAUGUUAUUUCCUGAUAUAUUUUUAUUUUAAUUUUUUAAAGGAUUAAAGCUGUGAAAAUUGCCUGUGUUAUUCUGUCACAGCCGUGAACAUAAUUUUUCGUUGGUUUAUUUACAUCUUUACUCCUCACACUCAGACUACAGUAUUUCUUAUAAUAUCAAUUUGAUGGUUAUUCAAUUUCUUUUAGCACAAGGAAAGCAUUAGUUCGUUUUCACUGUUAUCUUUUAAAAAAUAUUUUAAAAGUUUGAGGCAAUCUUAAAUUAGGACCCUAGUAAGGAAAGUCAGCUGGAUGUUUGUCUAAGAAUAGACAAUCACUAACAUUUUGAACGUAUUUAUCAUAAAACAAAUGGUACCCAUUAACAAGAUGCUUACAGGGUACACUCAUUUUCUUUGCAUGUUUCCAUUGAUAAAAUUGUAAUGGUUUAAACAAUCUGUAUUGCACAUUCCUUUUUGUCAACUCCUGAAGAUGCCAUUCCAGUGAUUACCUGUGCAAUAUAUUUAAUUAUGUAUUGUUUGCAUUGUAUUUUGUUGUUUUUUUUUGUAUUUGGAAUAAAACACUGUUUAAGUUUUGUUAAUUAAUAUUAGAAAUUUAAAUAUGAGGACAGUUGUUGAAAGAUCUCAUCAUUAAGUUGUUAACUGAAAACACUUUAUUUAGCUUGGCUCACAGAAAAAUCAAAAUACAAUAAUUGAUCUUCGAGGACACAUAAAUGUAUUGGCAAACGAUUUUUCUGUCGCACAUUCAAUCAAUGUCAAUCAAUUUUCCUGGUAACCAAGUUUAGCAUUAAAGUUGCUACAUCCAAAAACAGUGUCCAAAAGUUGCUUUGUGGUGACUCAAAUAAAAUAAUGUUCCCAGUACUACUGGUUCUUAAACUGCAUAAUUAAAUUUUUAUUAAAAAAAUAAACCCAAAGAAUAUUAAUUAUUGCAAAAAACUGUUUAAGUUACUGGUAAACUUUUUUAUUUUGCCAUAUGCUUUUUUUGUGUGUGAUGGGACAAAUUUAAAAUUACAGGUAAUAAACUUUUGGGUGUUCAACAAUUAUGAACUUGUUAAUUUCUCAGUAGACCAUAAUUUGGAUUAUAAAUUUUUUAAAUAAUUGAUAUUAAAAUGUAUCUAUUAUUUUAAAAAUUAUAAGUAUUCAAAAAUAUUCAGUAAGGAUAUCUGUUGAGCAUAAGUUUGUUUAUCAUUCUUGUAUUCCUUUUUAAUUAUAGUAUCCUGUCACUGUAGCUGUAAUUACAGUGUAAUAUGUAAUCUGAGCAUGUAAAUGAAGGAAAACAUUUUAAAUUGUUACAUCCAUUUAUUAUUUUUUUCUAAUUGGUUUUUUUAUUUGUACUGUGGUAUAACUUUAAUGAAUUAAAGAAAUAUGAGUUCAUA